CGUUGAUGGUGGUUUAUAAAGCAGACCUCAUGCCCUAGUUUGUUUGACUGUUUCUCAUGUUUAGAACUGUUUCCAGAGAUUCACGUCAAAAUGAGUAAGAUUAUCUUUUAUGAGGAGAGAAACUUCCAAGGUCGCUCCUAUGAGUGCGACACAGACUGCCCAGACAUGUACCCUCAUUUCAGUCGAUGCAACUCUAUCAGAGUGGAGAGUGGCUGCUGGAUCCUCUAUGAAAGACCCAAUUACUCUGGUUUCCAAUAUGUGGUAACCAGAGGUGAAUAUCCUGAAUACCAGCGCUGGAUGGGCUACAAUGAUAUCAUUCGCUCAUGUCGUACAUUUUCCUAUAAAAGUGGUGGAUCCUACCGUAUCCGGAUCUACGAUCGGCCAGAUUUCCAAGGUCAGAUGAUGGAAUUCAGUAAUGACUGCAAGUCCAUUCAUCAAAGUUUCCAGUGCCGCAGUGUUCACUCUUGCAAUGCCAUGGAGGGCUACUGGACCUUCUAUGAGCACCCCAGUUAUCAAGGCCGCCAAUACUUCCUGCCUCCUGGCAAGUAUCGCAAGUUCAGUGACUGGGGUGCCGUUUGUGCCACCGUUGGCUCGUUCUGCAGAAUCACUGAUUUUUAGAGUUAAUGUUAUGAAAAUAACUGUGCCUUUUCUGGCAUUGACGUGUCAAUAAAAUGCCACAAAACCAAAUGCUUGGCAGUGUAUGUAUUCAUGCUGCAGGUGUGUUGAUUACCACAGCUGUCUGUGAUCAAAUAUAGAUUUCAGGCUGUAUGGCAUCUGUGGGGACAUGCUUUAAUUCCUAGAUUAGUAUUCCCUUAUGUUUGCCAGUGUAAAUUAUUUAAAAACACACUGUAGUCAUUGCAUAUCCAUAUCAAUAAAAAUGUCUUUUGCUU